CUGUCUCUCUCAUAUUUGGCGCACGGCAGUCUCGCGGCCCCACUUGGCGGGCUUAGUCGCUUCGGCAGAAAAACGCGGGAAAUCGUUUAAGUGAAGUGACAUUUGCAAAGUAUUUUAAUUUAGUGAAUUAAAAAUAAAAUUUUAACACACAAAAAUGUCGCCAAAAAGUAAAGAAGAAUGCGAGACCGAAGCCCUGAAACCAGAUGCGGAGGCGGAUCCAGAGGCCAAAGGAGGCGAGGAGGCAGGAGCCCUAGAAGCGAAGAUGUCUCUCAUGAAUGGCAUCACCGUUAUCGUGGGUUCCAUAAUUGGGAGUGGGAUCUUCGUGUCACCGACUGGUGUCCUGAAGUAUACAGGCUCUGUUAACGCCAGUCUGCUGGUGUGGAUCGCAUCUGGAGUUUUCAGUAUGAUAGGAGCCUACUGCUACGCGGAGUUGGGCACCAUGAUACGGCUGAGUGGAGCCGACUACGCCUACAUCAUGGAGACGUUUGGACCCUUCGCAGCCUUCAUCAGGCUCUGGAUCGAGUGCAUGAUCGUCAGACCUUGCUCACAGGCGAUCGUGGCGCUGACGUUCAGUGUGUACGUGCUGAAGCCAAUAUUCCCCGAGUGUGACCCGCCAGAGGACGCCACCAGGCUGCUCGCAGCUUGCUGUAUAUUGCUGCUAACGUUCGUGAACUGCUGGUCAGUGCGGGCGGCCACGCGGGUGCAGGACUGGUUCACGUACGCCAAGCUGUUGGCGCUGUUCAUCAUCAUCGCUGCCGGCAUCUACCAGCUCUGCAGAGGAGAGGUGCAGCACUUCACAUUUGAGGGCACCACCAACGACGUGACGUCCAUCGCGCUCUCCUUCUACUCCGGACUCUUCGCUUACAACGGAUGGAACUACCUGAACUUCAUAAUCGAGGAGUUGAAGGAUCCAGUGAGGAACCUGCCCCGGGCCAUCGCCAUCUCCUGCACCCUGGUCACCGUGGUCUACACGUUCACCAACGUCGCGUUUUAUACCACACUCUCUCCUACUGAGGUCCUUGGUUCAGCAGCAGUAGCUGUAACGUUUGCGGAGCGUCUGUUCGGUUGGUUCGCUCUCUCCAUUCCGCUGUUCGUCGCUGCUUCCACCUUCGGAGCCGUCAAUGGUGUUCUUCUUACUUCUUCAAGAUUGUUCUACGCGGGCGCGGCUCAAGGACAGAUGCCGGAGAUGUUGACGAUGGUCAGUGCCCGAGCGACGCCGGCUGCCGCAGUACUAGCUGUAGCGUUACUCAGCCUCGUCUACCUCACCGUGUCGGAUAUCUACGCACUCAUCAACUAUGUCGGCUUUGCGACCUGGUUAAGUAUCGGCGCUGCAGUAUUGUGCUUGCCCGUGCUGAGGUACACACAACCCAAUCUUGAACGACCCAUCAAAGUAAACCUCUUCUUCCCCGUGAUCUACAUAAUCUGCACGAUACUGGUGGUGGCGUUCCCUGCGUUCGCGUCCCCCGCGGAGACAGGAGUGGGGUGCCUCAUGAUCCUCACUGCCGUGCCCGUCUACCUACUGCUGCUGCAUCCCAGGACCCGGAUCAAGUGGCUCAGCUCUAUCACAAACUUUGCCACCGUCCUUGUGCAAAAGCUGACGUUAUCAUCGCGACCCAAAAUGAAGUGAACGCGUUCAACUACGUCAGCUUUCGACAACAUAUCCGACCAUCGGUAAGGCAACUACUUGUCUGUUUUACCAAAAGAGUACAAGAAAACAUUUGCAACAUUCAACCUCAUUUAUAGAAUUAAAAUAAAAACAACAAUUGCGACAGCUUUGCUUCGACUUGGCAGUGCACUACCGAGCCUCUAGAAAAUAAUUAUUUUUACUUCAAUGGUAAAACAGGCAAGCGUACAUUUACAUUUUAUAUGAAAAUAAUGCUGUUAUAUUAAAAUAUCUAUUUAUAUGUAAUGUGUAUAAUAUUAACCGAAGUUACACACUUGCGAUUAAUUCUCGCAUUAAUUGGCGUUUAAUCGCAAAUGUGAACGAUUGAAUUGUUGUAUGUUAUGAAUAACUAAUUAAUGUACUCAAUUACAAGAUGUGAAGUUAUUAUAAAAUGUGUGUUAUAAGUCAUAUUGGUAAAAAUUACUAGGUUUGCUAUACGUUGAACGAAAACGAAACGAAAAAAGCGUGUUCGGCGCACUGAUUGGUUGGUUUAUUCGCAUUAGCCAAUCAGAGCACCGACCGCGCUUUCGUUUCAUUUUCGUUCAACGUAAAGCAAACUCGUAUUAAUAAUACACUUUGAUGUAGACCGUGAUGAUUUCUUUGCAGUAUCAAUUUUAAUUACAAGAAUUAUGUGUAUAUGUAUAAAAUAUAUACUACAUUGUCUGUAUGUGUUUAUAGUCUCUUUCAUAACUCGAAUCGUGGUUUAAUAAUUACAAUUAUUGUUUGACAUAAAAAAACUGUCAUUAUACCAAUUUUUAUUAUAGGAACGAAUGAAAUUAUUUCACUAUAUUGGCAGCUAAUGGUUUAGAUGAAAAUGAGUAGUAAAACAUAAGCUUGAUAUAUUAUAAUGAUGUGUAUAACUAAUCAUUUUUAUAUGAAAAAGGAGAAUUUGGGAACUCUGAGCGUUUGUGGGAGAAUUUGCAUAAACAUCAAAGAAUAGACAAAGUCACUGACAUUAUUUCAUCUUUAUUUGCUAUAAAAGUAAUGCUUUACGCAUGAUAAGUCUAUUGUGCUUCGAUUUUAUAUCAGUCAUAUUUAGCUGCAACUCAAUUAAUUAUGUCUAUGCGUAUAAUGUACUCGACUUGGCGGAGUCACUGCCGUGCCCCCAUACAAUUAUACUAUUUUAAUAGCAAAAGAAUACAGGAAUGUGCACUCAUCGUAGACUAAAAUGCUAGUUUAGGUUUCUUAUAAUUUUUUAAUGAAAAUUAUGUUUUAAUAAAUAUAUGAAUGGAUUUGGUUAUAUCUCCCGUGCACGCUAUAAUUUGUAUUUUUUAGCCAUUUUAGUUCGUAAUGGUAGUAAUCGAAUUAUUCAGAAUCACAUUGAAAAAUUAAGAUUGAAAAUAGAUCUGAUUCAAUAAGCGUUUAAACGGUAAAAAAAUCAAAAAUGUAAACAUUUUCAUUAAAACUUAAUACCUACUUUAAAACGAGGAGAAUAGAAUCAAGGGGUGAAUAGAUACAGGAAUGGGGUGAAAAGAUGUUAGAACAUUUUCCUAACUUUUACUCACCCCUCUUCUGUAUCUAUCCACCCCUCUAAUUCAAUUCACCCCGUUUUACCUUUACCUAACUUUUACCCCAAGACGUUAGUGUGACCAUAAUAAAAAUCUAUUAGGUAUAAUUACUACCAACACACGUUUAGUUUUUGCUGGGGACCACAAAAUUCAUAAACACUUUUACCUACUAAAAAACGUAUUUGAAAUGGACAAUACAUAGUCUAUUAUUAAAUGAUGUUAGUAGUAGCUUUUAUAUGCCUAUAUCUUGUUCAAAUAUCUUGUACUGUAGAAAAUAUAAUUAUAAAUUUAUAAGCAAUAGUCAAUCAAUAUUGUUUCAACAUAAUGUAUCUAAAAUCUAGUAUUUCGGCUUGAAAUCAAUGUUUUAUUUCCAAUUUUUGGAUCUGAUUUUUAAGUUAAAUACAGCUAGCUAUGUUUAAUUAAAGGAAAAUGGGCGCGUUAUUAAUCACCUCGCGUUGUGUAAGCUAUUAGCGUUUAGUUAAUUAUAUUUUUUUACCGCUGUAACUUUCAUUUGAUAGUCUAUAUAAAAAUUAAAAAUAAUUGUAAAGAUGUGCCAUCUGAUUGUUUGAAAGUUAUCAAUCAAUAGUUACAAACUUACUUUUGUACAAAGUUAGUAUUUGGGAAAUGUCAUCCAAAAUAUAAAAAUAUGGCCAUCAUUAUUAGCCGAUAGCUUUUACUCUUUAAGAAAAACAAUCAGUUGGUACAUUUAUAUUACAAAAAUAAGUAUUUUUUUGUAAACCACUUUGAUUUUGUCAGUAUGGCUGUGCUAAACUAAGGACAAAGUGUUGCCAUUCCCAAAGAAUCAUUUAUAUAAUUUGAUUUUCGUAGAAAUAAUUUUAGGUUUUAUAUUUUUGGAUGUUUUGCAUAAGUUACUAGUAAAAGAAGAAUUAAAAAACAUAUACAAGUAUCAUAGCUUGACUUUAAAAGUAGAAUGUAUUAUAAUAUGCAUGUGUAUGUAUGUAAAAAUUAAGUGAAAAUCAAUUUAUAAAAUAAAUCAUUGCACGCGAUAUUUCGUGACUAAACUAUUUUUCGUUAUAUAAUCAAAAUAUUUUUGUGGUUGGAUUGUCUGUAGUGUGAAUUGUUGGCAUAAUAUUUGAUGUUGUAAUACACAUAAUUGUUAAUUAUAAUAUUCAUGGCUUCGUCUAGAUGUUAAUUUGUAUUUUUAAUUGUGUAAAUAUGAAAGUUUGGAACAUACUCAAAACAUUCCAAUGCGAGUUGCUAGCUGCUACUGCCGCAAUAAAGUGUAGUAGCCAUUUUAGAAUGUAUGUUAUAAUAAUUAUUAUUUACUCUGCCGUACAAUGGUUCAUUCAUUAUGAAGUAAAUUAAUAUUGAUUUUUGGUAGUUUCUAUCAAUUUCAGAGGUGACACAUCCAUAGCUUGUCAUCGUGUAUCUUUGUAAAAAUAAAUUGCAUUUCAUCUUGCUUUUUCUUUCUUGAUUUAAAAUUACAAGUUUUAUUUAUUUACCAACAAUAAACCAUUGUACAUAGGGUCUCUAGAUAUCGGAUUAGGUGUAAAAGAUGUAAAGUUUUGUAAACAAAUAUAAUAAUUAUGUUGACUGCCUUUGUAACCGGUCUUAGUACCUGACUAGCUCCAAAUAAGCAACAAAAUGUAUAAAAAGUUACCAAAUUGUUGAUCACAGUAGUUCACACAGACUUCUAGGCCAAUUUAAAUGAUAAUAUAAUGCAGUAAUUUUAGUACUUUUGUAUAAACUUUUGAUUGCUGCUUUUGAGGAAAGCAAUGGAAAAGGAUCUUGACUUGAACGUUUAAUUUAAAGUAAAUAACAGUCCUAACGAGCAGAAUCUCUAAAACGUAUAAUAUACGUACCAUUUUUAUGCAAUAGCAACAUUUUUUAGUUUUAUUUAAGUGGUAAGGAAAUAUUGCGCUCGAAUUAAGUACAGAAAUGUUGAUGCAAUUUUCAAUGCAUUUAUUUUGCUCAUUCCUUUUGUAAUAUUUAUAUGUUUAGAUUUAAAUACGUUUGUCGUAGAGUAAUCAUGUAUUUGUAUAUCAAUGUUAUAUGUGUCGAUGUUUCUGUUAAGCGCAAUGUCUUAAAGAGACGAUAUGACAAUAAUAAAUUAUUGAAGAAAGUGA